AUCAGUCUUCGUCUCCUAUAAGAGUUGGGUGCGUCCGUAAAGGCACACGAUACAUACUGCAGAGCUUCAGAGAUGAUGCGCCUUUGUGUUUUUCUUGCAAUUCUCUAUAAAAUCUGUCAGGUGCUAGCUGUUCACAAGACCUCAAGUGUAAUUCAGGAGAGUGGAAUCAAGAUAGCUAAAGUCGGGGAGAAUGUAACAAUAACAUGCAUUUGUCAAGAUGAUGCUGUAACUUUCCUUUCUUGGUACCAGCAAAGCCUGGGUGGCAAACCUGACAUCAUAUCAACUCGGAUGAAGCACAACCCAGACGCUGAUAUCUACACCAAGUACAAAGACAGGUUUAAAGUCCUUGUAGAAGAUAAAAAAGAAUAUCUCAAAAUCACAAACCUCAGCCUGUCAGACUCAGGGACAUAUUACUGUGGGGUUUUAGUUUUUAACGCUAUUGAAUUUGGACAAGGAGUUUUCCUUCAUGUCAAAUCGCCAGCGACCAGCAUUGGAUCUGCAAUUGACCAGCCAACGUUGAAGCCGCUUCGCUUGGGGGACUCUUUGAACUUGACCUGUACAGUGGAAGCUGAACCAUGUGCAGGGGAGCUGAACCUUUACUGGUUCAGGCAUGGAGUGUCUCAGUCUACUGUCAUGUAUCCCAGCGAGGGACACGUGUGUGCAGACAUCUCACAGGAAACACCUCACAGGAAAAAUUGCACUUUAAAUCUUGCAAUAAAGUCAGUGAGCUCCGCUGAUGCUGGGAUCUACUACUGUGCUUUGGCCUCCUGUGGGGAGAUUAUUUUUGGAAAUGGAACAAGGGUUGAGAUUGCAGGUUCCCCUGUCUUGGUGUAUUUCCUGAGCGCGGCAUUAGGAGGUUCCUUUAUUGUGCUCUUUGUCUUGGCUUUCAUCAUGUACAAGCUUAGGAAAAGCCUGUGCUCUGUCUGCAAAGGAACUGUUCCUCAUCAAACCUGUACAGUCUCAGAUGCAGUGAGCCAAGAUGCGCACAGCCUCCACUAUGCAGCUCUGAGUCUGAAGAGGAGUAGUAAACAACAUCUUCAAGAAGAAAAUGUGGAUAAUAUUUGUGUGUAUUCUAGAGUAAAGAGCAGAAAAGUGUGAAUGGAUGCAAGGAUACACACUGCCAAAUGUAAAAUAAUGUGGAAAUAAAAUAUAUUUUGU